AUGCAAGCGUCGGAAGAAAGGUCAACGAACAACAGCAUCGACACAGCUGCUACCCAGCCAUCAGCGGACAAGAUGAUCUCUCCUGCAGCUCUUGCUUCCUCCGCCAUCGGACCCAUUCGCACUGCUGUCACUUCCGUAACUGCCUCGACAUUGGUACGACCCCUCUCGGGCAUCUUUGCCAUCAAUAAGCCCAGCGGUCCCACCUCAAUGUCAUUACUUGACGACCUCAAACCUCUCUUCGCAACCUCUCCCCUCUUUGCAGACGCCGACGGCAAGCGACCCAAGGACAACAGCCGAAAGCGAGGCAAGUUCGGCAAAGGCAAAGGCAAGUGGGCUGGUGGCAUCGCUGGUGCACCCAAGCUAGGUCAAGGUGGCACCCUUGACCCUCUCGCAGAUGGCGUACUAAUCGUGGGUGUAGGUAACGGCACAAAGCAGCUGCAAAAGUAUCUCGACUGUACCAAAGAGUACCGCAGCACGGGUUUACUUGGCUCUGCUACCACUUCGUACGACUCUUGUGAUCCCAUCUUGACACGCAAGUCGUAUGACCAUGUUACGCCACAGAGCAUUGCCGACCUUCUGCCGAGAUUCACGGGGGUAGUAUCGCAGAUACCACCACUGUACUCGGCAGUGAGGAUCGAUGGAAAGAGGUUGUUCGAGUAUGCGAGAGAAAAUUUGCCUCUGCCGAGACCGAUCGAGCCGAGAAAAGUGACCAUUCACGAGUUGCGGUUGGUCGACUGGCUCGAACCCGGAAAGCACCCAUUCAAAGAACCUGAACGUGAAGUUCCGGAAGAGCACAAGGCGCUAGUUGGCAGAGUCCUUGAUAUCGCCGGAAGGAAGGAAGGCCAAACAGACACAGUCAAGGAAGAUGAUGGUCAGCAGCAAGAAGAAGCACAGCCGAUAACAUGGAAGCGACUCCCAACCAGUAAAGACUCUUCAUCAACACAGACAGAGGACAAGGCAACAGAGGGAGCAGCAGGUCCACCAGCAUUCGUGCUCGAAAUGACCGUUUCUUCAGGCACUUACGUCCGUUCCAUUGUACACGAUCUAGCCAUUGCUGCCGGCUCAGCAGCACACGUACAAACACUUACACGAACACGUCAAGGCGAAUGGUCUAUCGAUACCCGCUCUGCUUCCAGCACGGAAGAAAGCGAAGCAGGCAAUGUCGGCGAUGUGGUUCGCGGCAACUGCAUCGAAUGGAAAGUGUUCGCGGAUGCCAUUGCCGAUAUGCAGCGCGAGAAGAGGGAUGCAUGUUAUCAAUCACCCCGUGAUGAAGAGGGCUUGCGGCCGUGGGAGAGGCAGCUUCUCAAAGUCAUCGUUCCUGUGUAA